GUUGACAGGCAGCGGAAGCAGCAGAGAAGCAGCCCUCCUCUGAAGAGUUCGGCGCUGUUUGCUCACUGCUGACAGCGAUGAUGGACCCGUUGGACGCGGUUCUGGAUGAGGUGGCUCUGGAGGGUUUGGACGGGAUCAGCGUUCAGACGCUCUGGUUGAGGCUGCGGAGUCGUCAGCCCGAGUUCAGUUUGAAUCUGGAUCCGCUCAGUCAGCAGUUCAUCUGGAGCUGCUUGAGCCGAACCGCGGAGAUCCGCUUCUAUCUGCUGCCGGAGAGCCGCAGAACCGUCGUCUUACACGACCGGUUCGUGGAGGUGGACCGGAACACGGGCAUUCAUGAGAUGCGUCAGGUCGAGCCGCAGGACGUGUACCCGGUGCGCGUGCUGACGGACGACCCCAGCGGCCUGCAGGGCUCCUGCCUGUUCUUCAGCGAGCGCGUGGACGUGAGCGAGCAGGUCCGGGCGCCGCUGACGCUGGAGGAGGUCCAGACCCGGUGGGGCGAGCGUCUGGUGAUGGUGGCGUCCGCGGAGCUCCGCUAUCGCGCUCUGAUCGGGCCGGAGGGAAACCCGGAGCUGAAGCUGCCGGACCUGUGCUACUGUAUCCUGGAGCGGCUGGGCCGAGCGCGGUGGCAGGGAGAGCUGCAGAGAGACCUGCACACGCGCGUCUUCAGAAUGGACGCAGGUAAGAUGCAUUAUCUGAGGAGGAAGCUGGACAGGAACGGGCUGAUCACGCUACAGUCACACGUCGCGCGACUGCCGUCAGGAGCUCAACAACACUCGCUGCUGCUGCUGCUCAAGCGCUUCCACGUGGACCGGAGGAGUAAGUAUGAUAUCCUGAUGGAGUCCACGUCCAACCUCCUGUCUGAGCUGCCCGAUAAGACGGGCGUGAUCAUGAAGAUCCGCGAGCAGCUGCGUGUCAGCGAGCGCACCUUCAAGCGCGUGUAUCAGUACAUGACCGCCGCUAAGAUGGUGACCCUGCUGAAGCUACCUCUGAAGGAGUUCGACCCCAACGGAGGCCCCUUCAAAACCCUGCGAGGCACUGACGUGUUUGUGCGCUGUCUGAAGCUCCUGAAGCCGUACGGACAGAAGGACGUGGAGGAGGAGGAGGAUGAUGAGAACAAUGAUGAAGAUGGCGACGCCCCCGUCAAGAGGAACGUCCUCGCAGAGCCUCGCAUCAUCGAGCGUGACGUGCUGACUCAAGCCUAUGACAUCGUGGUGUCGACCGGGACCAGAGGGAUCUCUCAGUCGGUCCUGCGAGGGAAACUCAACGUCGGAAAACUCGAGGGACGAAUGAUCUGUAGACUACUGGAGCGAAUCGACAUGAUCAAGGGCUUCAUGGAGGACGAGGGGCGGCAGAGAACCACCAAAUACAUCAGCAAACUCUUCGUGGAGCAGAGUAAACUCAGCAUGCAGUUCACGAAAGAGCGGCAGCGCAGCCAACACCUGCGCGUCACACACCUGACUGAGCCUAAACCACAGAAGCAGCCGGAGCCAGCGCCACCCGCGGGCGUCUCUGAGGAGGACGAGGGAGUGAAGGGCCACGCUGGAGCACAGGAAACACUGCAGAAAGGCCACAAGCCCCUGAAGCUCAAACAGUCCAAACUCAGCUUCAGCAAACAAGCCACGCCCCUCAAAAAGAAGCCCUCUGCAAGAGUGGGUGGGGCUAAAGCCUCUCAGAAGGAUGUAGUUGGACAGAACGCAGAGCCUGCUGACCACGCCCCCAGCACGAGCACCAGCCAAUCACAUCACUCUGAGGAACCGCAGCCAGUGAUCGUGGAGGUGCUGGCGGAGAAGACGAAGAAGGUGGAAAUUCACGAGACGUACCGACUGCUGAAACGCAAGAACAUGAUCAUAGAGGCCGUGCGCUGCAGCAAGAUCAUCGAGGGCUUUUACUCGCUGCAGAAGCUGCUGACGGAGGAGGAAAGGAAGGAUGGCGUGAACACUAAAGUCUGUAAGAAAAGUGUGGUGAGGCUGAUCCGCUCGCUGUCUCGAGAGGGUUUACUCAAACUCUACAGGACCAUCGUCAUACAGGACGGAGUACAGAAGAAGGUUGAGUUCGUGGUUCAUCCCUCCGUUACGCCGGACGAUCUGCUGGUCAAAAGUGCCAUAGAGCAGAUCCGCAUGCGUAUGUCCAGCUCGGCCUCUGCAGCUCGGGUUGAGUGUCAGGCAGAAAAAGCCAAGUCCAGCGCACAGGAGGCGAAGGAGAAUAAAGCAUCAUCUUCCUCGCGUCCGUCUCAAAGCAGCGGCCUGAAGAAGGUGUCUGAGAAGAUGGGCGUCAAAACCCUCAAAUCCUUCAGACCCGUCCUUGUUCCAGGACUCGGCCGCUCCAUGGGUUUCCAGCCCAAGAUGCCUCGUCUGCGUAUCGUUCACUCCUUCCUGUGGUACCUGAUUUAUGGGCAUCCUAUCAGAAGAUCCGGUCCUGCCGACCCGGUUCCUGACGCUCCGGCACAGUCCGACCCAGAGACGCUGGCGGCCGAACAGAUGGAGGGGCAGUUCAGAGUGUAUGUGAAGGAGAACAGCUGGAAGAGGUACAUCCCUCCCCUCCCGCUGCAUAAAGACUUCGGAUACGGAUGGGCCCUCAUCAGUGACGUUCUGGUGUCGCUGCCGCUCAGCAUCUUCAUGCAGGUCGUCCAGGUCAACUAUCAGGUUGCAGGUUUGCAGGAGUACCUGAAUGAUCCAGUGAGGAAACAUUAUCUGAUCAGAUUCCUCCCUGCUGAGAUGAAGAGACAACUGCUGCACAGGAGGAAGUACAUCUUCAAUUUCCACGAGAGUCUCCAGAGGUUGUGUUUCAUGGGCUUGCUGCAGUUCGGACCCACGGAGAAGUUCAUGGAUAAAGAUCAGGUGUUUGUUUUCCUGAGGACGAAGGGCACAAUCGUGGAUACGACGGUGUGCGACCCGCACUAUAACAUGGCCAUCGAGACCAUCCGGCCGUUUGAGAGGAGACACUAUGUGUUCAGUAGCGCACAGGACGUGGAGAAUUACUGGUUCGACCUGCUGUGUGUGUGUCUCAACACACCUCUAGGUGUAAUCAGGCCGCGUCAUGGCCAAAGUAACGCUGAGGGGGCGGAGUCUGACGUCGUCAUGACAAUGGAGCGUAACACCAGGCUGCUGUACACGCUACAGGGCAGUUGUAACGUGGUGGAUGAUGGUGUUACCCCCGGCGACGGGCAGGGCGCUGGCGGACUGGACUCGUCCUUUUACAGCCACCUGAAACGCAACUGGACGUGGACCAGUCACCUGAUCAACGAAAGCAAACAGAACACUGAAGAUACAGGAACGCAUCAUGCCGUCAGACUGAGGAACCUGCUGUCCAAACACCCUCUGCCCAAACCGCCCACGCUCUCCGCGGUUCAGAGCAGAGGGAAGGUGGCGCCCCCUGCCGUCCUGGAGGAGGAGGUGCGUCUGAGCUCAGAGCCGUCCAGCAGGAACGAGGAGGUGCGCGGAGGACGAAACCUCAAACGCAAGAGAGCAGCAAACCAGAGCAGCAAGAAAGAGAGCAGCAAACCGGCCCGCAAGAAGAAGAAAGUGCGAGCGUGUAGGCAGAGUCAGGCUCAGGACGAGACGGACCAGCGGGCUCUGCUGCAGAUGACCCGACAGAGAGUGGCCUGGACGCACAUGGAGGACAGUCUGCUGAUGCUGUGCCGCGUCGCCAGCCACUUCCUUAACCGCAAGCUGAAGAGGCCGUUCGUGCCCUGGACGGUGGUUCGUGACGUGCUGCACGCCGAGUUUGAGUUAUCGCUGGAUAAAACAUCUCUGUCUGUCAGCCGACGCUCACGAUACAUCAUGAAGAACCCGCAGACCUGCCUCAACUACAGGAUUUGUCUGGCUGAGAUGUAUCAGGAUAAAGAGCUGAUGGCCAGAUUCAUGAACCGAACGGACGACUAUAAUGAUGUGAAGGUGUGUGCUGAUGAGUAUAAGGAGUUUGUUCGCUCUCUGAGGUCAAAGUUCAGCUCCAGUUACGGCUCCAGUGAUAUCAUCAUACCAGACACCAGAGACGAGCUCUUUCACAAGUUUAAGGUGUACACGAUUGACGAAUCACUCGAGUGCAGUAAAGACGUCUUGAAGAGGAAGGAGGACAUUGAUGUUCUGGUGCUGUUUAAUUUAAUUCAGAGCACACUGGUGCUCACCAACGCUCAGAUGAAGAACUACAGACCCUUCCAGACGUUCUGUCUGUACACGCGCUACAGCGAGGAGGUUCUGUCCCAGGCCUUCCAGACGUGUCGUAACCGGGCGUUAGUGAACCGCCGGCGGCCCAUCACCAAAGCCCACCUGAAGAAGUGCCACUCGCUGCCCUUCCUGCCCAUGUCCUACCAGCUGUCACAGCACUACUACAGGUUCUUCACGUGGCGUUUCCCGAGCCUCAUCUAUAACGAGGCGUUCGAUCUGAUGACGGGUUUAUACAAGGGCGGCAGCAGCGACAGACCCAACAACUUCCACUUCCAGAAAGACCCUGAGAACCCGGGAGAAGAGGGUGACGCGAGACAGGAGGAGGACGAGGACGAUGCUCAGGCCAUGCUGCAGUUCCCCAUGGACGCUCCGGGGGGCGCCAGCGCGUGCUGCCUGACCCUCAUGACCCUGGGCCUGCUGUCCGUGGACAUCAGUAUCCCACAGCAGAUCGUGGUGGUGGACACUACAAUGGUGGACAACGAGGUGGUCAAGAGUCUCACUAAAGCACUGGAGGAGGAAGAGGAGGAUGAUGAUGAAGUGAGGAAGAGGAGGCCGGAGGUCAAAUCCACACAGGCGUCUCACACCAAUUACCUGCUGAUGAGGGGAUAUUACGCUCACGGGAUCCUGCGCUCGCAGACGCACAACUCCAACAGCACCGACAACAUCAUGGUCAACGCCUGCACCGUCCACCUGCAGCUGAGACGCACACCGCAACACACACUCUUCACUGCAGACGCUGACGCUGUCUCAGCUCUGUCUCCGUCCGCUCCUCCGUCUCUCCCGCUGUCGUUCACGCGAGUGUUCCGCUCGGCAGCUGUCGAGCCGCAGGCCUUCUUGGACCGGUGUGUGAGCGCGUCGGGAUACGGAGCGCAGGACGUCCAGGCGGCGACGGAGAUCAGAGAUGCCGUGCAGGAGGGGGCGGAGUUUGGCAUUGACAGACAGGACCUGUGCGAGCACUUCAUACACCUGGAGCGGCCGGAGGACGGGCGGAGCAGAACGCUCCAGCAGUACAUACAGGAUCUGGUGGAUGGAGAGCAGCUGGUGGAGGUGGGCGCUCUCUCUCAGAGGCUGGUAUGUGUGGAGGCUGCGUCUCAUUGGCUGUUGGAGAGCGCAUGUGAUAGUGUGCAGAUGAAGAGAGGCCCCGCCCAUGACCAUGACUCCGCCCUUGCCACACCCCCACCUACCAAGAGACGGGCCGUGGAAUCUGAUUCCCAGGAGAUUGUUGCCAUGGAAGGAGUCUCCACAAGCACAGCUGUCAGUCAUACCGUCGCCACGGAACCCGUCUCCACGGACACAGCUUCAAAUCAGUCUCCUGCAAAUCAGGAGGCGGUUCGUGAAGUUGACGGGAACUCAGAACAGCGCGUGACAGAUGUUGAAGGGGCGGAGCUUAAUAAAGACCCCGCCCCCUCUCAGAUCAAAGAUGGAGCUGAAGGAGCUGCCGAUCAGGAGGAACACGGCGUCCGGGAGCCGGUGCGGUUCGUCAGCCGGCCGUGGCGUGUGGUGGACGGCUCGCUGAAUCGUCCGGUGUGUAAAGGCAUGCUGGAGUCGCUGCUGCUGCACAUCAUGUCGAGUCCGGCGCUGCGCGAGUCUGAGCUGCUGCAGCACUACAGUCAGGUGCUGCAGCCCGUCGUCAUCCUGGACCUGCUGCAGGUCCUGAUGGAUCUCGGCUGUGUGAGGAAGCGCUAUGUCGUCCAGAAGCACAAACCCUCACUCUUCUCCAAGCCCAGGGUGCCGCAGGUCAAAGGUCAGGCCGAGGUCAGCGUGAGCGACGCGGGGACGGCGUUCUACGAGCCCACGGUGGACUGUGUGCUGAGGCUGGCGCGAGUCUUUCCUCACGAGCUCAACUGGAACAAAUGGGUUCAGCUGUGUCUCCGCGCCUGAGCAAAACGUUUCUGUUCGCAUGUUAAUUAUUUUUUAAUAUUGUCUGCUUCUGUUGCACAAAAUAAAGACCUUUUUUCAUAA